GCCGCGUCAACUCCGAGCGCGAGCAACGCGCGUAUCGUACCGAAUCUCGAAUCGGCAACGUUCUCGUGCAGGGGACUCUUAAAUUAUUAUAAGACUUACAGCAUUAUUACCUAGUCAGUCGUGAAUCUCUUGAAUGUAGCCGCACUUUUUUGCCGAAAUUCAAAGAAGAAACAAUGUCAUCGCCUGGGCUGCGUGCAUUAACCAUCUUAUCGAUCGUCGUCAUCGCAACUGUCAAUGGGAUCGAUCAUUUACGCGUGGCGUAUCAAUGGAAGCAAAUGGAAUUUGACUGGCCGAGCCAGGAUGUAAAAAGAUUUUUCCCCGAGUACAGACUAGAGGACAAUCUACCGUUGGGGUUGGAAGUGGCCGGUGACAGAUUAUUCAUUACCGUGCCCAGAUGGCGACGGGGCGUUGUUGCAAGUUUGAAUUACAUCAAGGUCAACGAUUCCCGAACAUCGCCGCCAUUGAUACCUUAUCCAUCAUGGGAGGCACAUCAAUACAGUGGUAAUGGUGGUAUCUUCCCCGAGAUAAUCUCGCCAUUCCGAAUACGCGCCGAUCGUUGCAAUCGACUGUGGGUCCUUGACACCGGUCUCGUCGACAUUCUUGGCUCGCCUGAACAGCAAGUACCACCGGCACUGCUGAUUUACGACUUGACCAACGACCAGUUGCUACGAAAGUUCAACAUUCCCGAGGAUCAGCGUACCACCGACUCGUUGUUCGCUAAUAUCGCCGUUGAAGAUUACACUUGCGACGAUGCUUUUGCCUACUUGGGCGAUUUGGGCGGUCCCGGCAUUGUUGUCUACUCCUGGCGAUUGGCUAAAUCCUGGCUAAUUAAACAUCACUACUUCCACCCGGAUCCGCAGGGUGGCGAGUUCAACGUAGCCGGCGUUACAUUCCACUGGUCGGACGGUAUAUUUGGCAUGGCGUUAGCACCAACCAACGAUGGCUACAGUACUCUGUACUUUCAUCCGCUGACCAGUACCAUGGAGUUUUCAGUGAGCACACGCCUUCUUCGCGACCCCGAGAAAGUCACCUCUUCAGAGUCAUUCCAUCAGUUCCAAGUAUUGGGUUCGCGAGGACCUAAUGGCCAGAGUAGCGUGAGUUUCCUCGAUCCUGCGAGUGGCAUAUUGUUUUACGCACUGACGAAUCUUAAUGCGAUCGCGUGUUGGCGCACCGGUAACAAAUACACCAUACAACAACAGGGACGCGUCUACAUGGAUAAUGUCACAAUGGUCUUCCCCAACGAUUUGAAGAUAGAUCGCAACGGAACGAUAUGGGUACUGUCGGACCGUCUACCAACUUUUAUGUACCAACAGCUGGAUCCUAACGACUACAACUAUCGUAUCCUUACGGGAACAGUACGAGAAGCCGUUCAAGGUACAAUUUGCUCCGUUGAGGUAACGCAGCAUACCAACUCAGUUUGGUCGAAAAACACCGAGAACAAAUAUAACCGAUUACCUUCUCGUAAUAAUGCCAGUACUCAGUCGAUAUACAGUCUGAUGCAAGUUUUCGCGGUCACUUUAAUUUUGCGACUUAUGGCUUUGCAAACUUAAACU